AUGGCAUCCAGUAUUCUCCCAGAAAUGACGUUGCCAUCAUUAAAAGUGAAAAUAAAUGGAAGGCUUCGAACAGCAUUAAUUGAUUCUGGAUGCUCCAUCACUGUGGUUGAUGCUGAGUCCGCGCAUGGGCUUGUGUUAAAAAGUCAAAAACUUAUCACAACUUUGGGAGGAACUGUGCAAGUGCUGGGUGAAAUGGUAAUCAAUCUGGAAAUUGAUGGAAUACACCGGAUAGUUAAUUCUCUGGUUGUAAAAGAAAAACCAUGUGGGUUUGAUUUGAUUUUUGGAAUGAAUGCAAUUAAAAAAUUUGGAGGAGUUAUCAUUUAUGGUAAUAAAAACUGUAACGUCCGAAUGUUAGCAUGUGACAAAGCGAAAUGUGGUGCCGUUACUACGACGAGAAAAAACGAAAACGAAAUAAACGAAUUAAAAAUUGAUGUUAUUAAUACGACAAGAAAAAGCGAAAACGAAGUACAAAAAAUAAAAUGUGAUGUCAAAAAUACAACAAGAAAUGAAGAGAACGAAAGAAACGAAAUAAAACAUCAGGACUUCACAGCAAAGUUCGGCGGAAAAAAAUGGACGGCAUCAUGGAACUGGAAUAAAGAGCCUGUAAUUGAUAAUACCAUUUGUGAAUACAAGAUGAACCAAGAGCACGAACGUAGUUACCGUAAAGAAAUACGUGAAUGGAUUGACUCUGGUAUUCUUGUACCAUAUAACGAACUAAUAUUGGGACCACCAAAAGUAUUGAUACCGCUUAUGUGCGUAGUGCAAGAAAACAAGGACAAAAAGGUACGUCCAGUGGGAGAUUUCCGAGCUCUCAACGAAUUUGUAAAUUGUCAUACGGCAAAUGCGGACAUUUAUCAAGAAAAACUGCGUUGCUGGAGAAAAAUAAAAAAUGCAAAAAUUCUCGAUCUUAAAAAAGCCUACCUCCAAAUUAAUAUUGAUAAAAAACUUUGGCCAUAUCAAACGGUGAUUAUAAAUGGGCAACGGUAUUGUUUUACCAGGAUGUGUUUUGGCAUCAAUGUGGCUCCAACAAUAAUGACCACAAUUCUUCGGCAUGUGCUCAAUUUAAAUCCAACCGUAAAGAAAGCAUGUGAUAACUACAUUGAUGAUAUAUUUGUGGAUGAAAGUGUGGAAACUGCGAAAAAUGUAGCGAAGCAUCUGCUUAAAUUCGGAUUACAAUGUAAACCGCCACAAGAUCUUGAACAAGGACGUGUCUUAGGAUUGAGAGUCGAUAGAAAUAAAAACGGGGAACUGAUAUGGAAACGAGACAAUGUGGUACAAUUCGAAUCUUUAAAUGCAGUCACACGAUCACAGCUUUUCAGCCAGUUAGGCAAACUUAUUGGACAUUACCCAGUGGCAGGAAGUUUGCGUUUACAAGCUUCAUACAUCAAACGUUUAGCUGGAAAUAUACUUUGGUGUGAUUUUAUUUCUGAAGAUUGUAAAGAAAAACUGAAAGAGUUGCUUUACCGUGUGGAAAAAGAGGAUCCGGUUGGUGGAAAAUGGCUGGUACCAGUUAAUGGAAAAGCUGAGCUUUAUUGUGAUGCAUCAUCUAUAGGACUUGGGGUAGUUCUGCUCAUUGGUGGAGUAGUUGUUGAAGACGCAGCAUGGCUACGGCCAGCGAGUGACACACACCAUAUCAAUAUAAGUGAACUAGAUUCUAUACUUCGAGGACUAAACUUAGCUAGUAAGUGGGGCAUAAAAGAGUUAACAGUAUACAGUGAUAGCAAGAGCACCGUAGGAUGGUUAAACGCAGUUUUGAAGGAAGAAUAUCGCGUAAAAACUCGGGGAAUUUCUCAAUUGUUAGUACAAAGACGAUUGAAUACUAUUAAGGAAGUGGCAAAAGAUAUUCAGAUCGCAGUACAAUGGAUUCCGUCUGAGAUAAAUUUGGCUGAUCGACUCUCACGAAUCCCUCAAAAAUGGUGCAGAACAGUGUGUGCAGCUGGAUUACUUGAACAAAAAGACAUAUGGAAAAUUCAUUCAAUUGGUCAUUUUGGUGUUGCUCGAACAUUACAACUUUGCUUGCGAAAUAAUCAGAAUGUAUCACGUAAGGAGGUUUCAGCAGUAAUUGCGAAUUGUAACCAGUGUAACUCCAUUGAUCCUUACUGCGUAAAGUGGAAGAAUGGCCAACUAAGCGUAGAAAAAAAUUGGAAUCGGGUUGCCAUUGACGUGUAA